AUGCCUCCUAAAUUUUAUGGUCUGCCCAAGAUUCAUAAAGUAAACAUCCCAUUAAGACCGAUCGUCAGUAGUAUUGACUCGAUCACUUACAGUUCAGCAAAGUUUUUGGCUGAAAUUCUCUCACCUUUAGUUGGAAAUUCAAUUCAUCAUGUGGUCAAUUCUUUAGAAUUCUCAAAACUAAUAAAAAACAAGAGAGUUGAAGAGGAUGAAGAGUUAAGAUCGUAUGAAGUUACAGCACUCUUUACGUCAGUUCCAGUGGAUAAAUCGUUGGAAAUCAUUCACACCCGACUCCAAAACGAUCCUACUCUUAGUAAUAGGACCACCGUUACACCACAACAGAUUAUUAAGCUCUUGGAGGUAUGCCUGAGGUGCACAUACACGUUUUACCAGCAAAUCCGUGGAGCGGCUAUGGGCUCACCGGUAUCCCCCGUCGUAUGCAAUCUUUACAUGGAAGAUAUGGAACAACUGACUGCCCUUCAUCCCCCAAUUUGGUGGUACAGAUAUGUUGAUGACACACACACAAAACUGAAGAAAGCUCACGCUCAAGAAUUUACUGAUCAUCUGAAUUCAUUGGACCCGGAUAUUAAAUUCACAACAGAGGGCGAGGUCAACCGUUCGCUGGCUUUUCUUGACACGCUUACAUUGUUAGUAUCACCAAAGGACAAGAGCCAAAAGAAAGACAUCACAGGCGCCAUCUACCACAUCCCAUGCCAAGGCAAAACUACUUCCGGCAAAUGUAAGGAUUCUUACAUUGGGGAAUCAGAAAGAACUCUGAAAACACGUUUCUUGGAACAUUGUAGACCGAGUUCAACUUCAUCGGAAAUCUUUCAACAUAUACACAUUGAAUCACCUGGACAUCAUGUGGACCUGGCACAGGUCAACUUUCUUGACAGGGAACCAAGACACUUUGAAAGAGGUGUCAAAGAGGCAAUUCAUAUCCGUGUGAACAAACCAACGCUAAACCGAGACGUGGGCCGACACAAACUGCCAAAGAUCUACGAUCCGUCACGUGUUCGUAAGAUCACGUGCCCAAAAUCGGUGUAG